AUGAGCUUGAGGAAGUUAAGUUCCACACAUCGGUUCUCCAAGCUUUCUGGCCACACCCUCGAAGAGGUUGACGGAAAUACGCGGAGCAAUAGAAGUAGUGCCACUAUUCGCCCCACCAACAGCAGCAACAACAACGGUAGUGCUAGCAAUGGACAGCCUGCAGCCGGUACAGGGACGCCUUCCGACGGACUCGCCAUGUCCGAUCUCGAUUUCGACAACGCCCUCUUCAAGUUCGCCGCCGAGCGGGAACAUUUCCUUGAGGACUUGAGCUUUACGGCCGGCGCAAAAACACAAUCUAGGCCUCAAUGCAUCAAGGGUAGCAUCAAGGGCAGCAUCAAGGGCAGCAUCCGUAGAAAGAUGAGCUUCAGGGACAUGAACAGCAGCAGGAAGCAACCCAUAACUCCCAAGCCAGGUCUGUCAGGUCUCGCAUACCUCACUACCGCCGCCGCCUGCCCCUUGACGAUCCCAAUCCCCGGGCGUGAUGACCACCGUCAGCGUACUGACUUAGACCCCUCCGUAGCCUCUAUACGAACCGCCAAGAGACUGAGCCACUAUAAUUCCGUCAUACCGACACCUGAACCCCUGAAUGCCGACCCGGACAUGCACCCGCUAAAGCGCCGCUUCGAGCCCGUUCUCCUCGAUCGUUACCCGCCCAGUGAUGCCGCCGACGAACUUCCCCGUAGGGGCAAGUUUCCCGACUAUGUGCCCAUGUUUGCAUUCCCCAACGAUAUUCAGAUCGUCUCCUCCGAUGACCGACCGCGAUCGACAUGGCAUGGGUUCACCAUGACAUCUGACGAUAACUCCAAGAUCUAUGGUAUCACAGUCAUCAUCUGGACUGCCCUGACUUCGGAUGUUGCCGAAGAGGUUGAACAGCGCUGCGAGGCCUGGCGCCAAAGCCACAUGUCUAACGAGGAAAGAGAACUAGCCGCCAGCCUUGGCGUGAGGCUGGCGGGUGAAAGGACUCAUCUCUCCCAACUUCUUGCUAAGCUACCCCAGAUCCCCUCGGGAUCUUCCGCGCGGGAAGUGCUCGAGGAUCAGAUCAGCUCGGUUGAGGAGAAGAUCACGUUGAUGACGGAGAUGCUGCGACCUCUCCGCCACGGUGCCGCCUCUAAGAUAGACGGUCUGACAACUGGAGAGUCGGGUUUAUGGAUUCCUCGUGCCUACGGUAUCCUCGGCAGAGACGCCGCCAGGAUGACCUUUUGGAAGGAAUGGCUCAGGGCCGUAAUAGUGCCUAUGACGGAUGGCGCCGUUCUUCGCCCCCUCGAGUCCAAGACCCAGGUUGAGAUCGGCGUGAGGGAGUUGCGUUUAUAUGCCAGACAAGAGGCUGCAAACGAAAUCCCCGGCUCCCGCUCUAUCGAUAUUUACGCCUUGUUCCGGUGCCUAUCUCUCGAAAAUAUUGUGGCCCUCUUCGAGUACGCCAUGUCCGAAUCUCGCAUCAUAUUCCUCUCCUCUCAUACUGCUAUGCUGCAUCUCGCUUGCCACGCUCUCGCCAACCUUCUCUACCCUCUAAAGUGGGCUAGCGUAUUUAUUCCCAUUCUACCAGCGAGGCUUCUAUCCGCUCUUGACGCACCAUGCCCUUAUAUCGUCGGUGUUGAACGACGUUAUGACCGCAUUGAACUCCCCGAUGAUGACUAUGUGCUUGUUGACCUUGACAAGGACACCAUUGAUGCCACCGCGCAACCAGUCCGACUACCCCGGCAACAGCGAAGGAAACUCAUGUCGCUACUUCAAGUAGCCGCCCCGGCGAAGCUGCGGUACGGCGUUGGGACCGGCCCACCUCCCUACGCCAUGGAAUCUUUCCCAUACGAUGCCUUCUCGGCCGAGGACCAAGCCAUAUUCUCCCCAUUCCACCUGAGAGUACCCUUGGAAGAUGGGCAGCGCAAAACUCGGCGGCUUUUGGAGAGGAGGAUGAUGCAGGGAAAAUUAAGCCGCCCGUUUUCAACGCCUUUUCGCAAGCAAGAACAGAUAGCAGCAAAUCGGACCGCCCCGGGACGACCUGUGCACAAUACCGAAACCACGGUAUGGGUAGAAGGCCACUGCUUCGAUUGGUGCGAAGAGAACGCUGCUUCGUGCUCUAUAUGCGAUGACCGGGCGGAGACGGACGGUAUCUACAAGUGCUCCGGCUGCGGUACUCAUUCUCAUGGCCGGUGCCUUGGCUUUGUCUCUCUCGUCUGCCCUAGGGCGUUUCACGCCGAUAGGGUGCGUGUAGCGUUUGUACGGUGCCUCGCAAGCUUGAUAUACACGUACAGGAAGUUUCUGGGCCGUCCUUCAAAAGAGCAAAGGACCAAUGGCCAGCUUUACGCAUUUGACAUGGAUGGUUUUAUCAAGAGCUUGCCGUACGAACAGCAAGAGUAUGCCGUAACACUACGCGAUACGCAAGCAUUCAAUGAGUUCGUUCACGAGCGGGAAAGACAACACGCGUCAAGCCCAAACAUCAAGCUUUUUGACGAGAUUCUUAUUGCUAAGAAGGCACGCGGCCGGCAUAAUCUCUCCACCGGCCUGUCUCGCCUCUCCGUCAUUCGAGCUUCGCAUGGGGCCUCUAUCCUCAGUCCAGGCCUUAACCACUCAUCCUCUAGGUCCGGCGCGCGCGGAGCGCCUCCAACGUACCUUUCAGACAAUUCCGACCACAUUUGGCGGACGGCCUCCGUGCCGGUGCCGAGCGCAAAAUUCAAUGGAGAAUACAGGGCCGUCGUGAGCAGGGUCCCUGCGAAGCUCGACUCUUCGUUCAUGAAGGAGCCGCGCAGUAUCCAAGGUGUUCCUAGACCAGAGCAGAGGAAGAGAGGCCUCGUCGCGGAAGCAUCUUGGUAG